GGCACCACAGUCUACCCUGGAACAGGCUACCGGUACGUUUCCCUACGCACAGCUUCAACUUAUAUUUCGUUCUAUAACUUUACCUGAAAUAAAGUGGCAAUCCAUGUCUGGUCUACAAAUUGUUUUCAAAUCACACACUUACAUGGAUCCAUACAACUUUUCUAUAAAACAGGAAAUUGUUUUAUAAUCACAUAUUUACAAAAUCACAUUGAAGUAUAAUUCUUCUGUCUGGUAUAUAAGUCUGCAAGCACAUCAUAAACUAUCAACGUUAGAAGUAUAAUAAUCCAGUGCACAUUUUCCAAACGAAAGAGAUGCACAAAAACUAUUUUGAUCACAUUUCAAUAAAUCAAUCCAAAAGAGACUUUUUAUUCAAUUACUGCAAUUUUACAGUAGUGAAUAAUGAACUGAUCUGGGAUGUGUGCGUGCAUCUUGGAACCCUGAAGUUCAAAAAGAUUUUGCAUCAAAGUUUUUAUAAAAGAUGUGGACAAACAUAAUAUGUACGUAAAUCAUAGAAACCGAAUCUCCUCAUCAUGAAAGACGACCUCCAAAGACUUGGGGAAGCAGUCAUGAGCCGGCUCUCACUAAACCCGUAUCGCCCUUGCCUUGAUUUCCCAAGGCGUUUUGCUUUGGUCUAUCUCUCGGAAUAGAGACCACAUGCGGCUAACCAUUUGCCAGAAAAGUUUGUUGUGUUUUUAGCUACCUUGAUACGUAUGAAUGUGGUGCUAUAACACUGAGUAUGGCUGCUUUUAUAACAGGAAAAUGGGCCUUCCUAAUCCAACCCAAACAGUUUACAAUGUUCUUCAACCAAUCAGAAUUGUUUUUGGAUCUGGGGGGAAACUGAUUUUCAAAAUUUUAAUUCUAAAUCGUUACAGCAAAGCAAAACCAAUAAUUGACCUUUCUUUCGUAUAUUAACUGCUCAGCAACCAAACCGUCCAAUGAAAAUGAAGCACGGUCAGUGGCAAAUCCAAAUUAAAUCUGUACAGUGUCUCGAACGGCCUACUCCACUCAUUUCUUGCAAAAUUCUCACAUAUGUGCCCUAACUUUCCGAUUUUUACACACCGAACCCCUCAGCCAAUAAUGUAAUAUUGCACAUUAGACAACACAUCUUAAAGUGACGUUUUUGGGAGGGAAAAUUCAGCCCAAAGUUAUUUUGCUUUUAGAUUAUAAUAAUAGAUAAUAGAUACAUAAAUAUGAAGUACAAAUUUAUGUGAAAUGGUCAAAUAUGGUCAAUUUUCACAUCAUGAGACCAUGACAUUAUAUCCACAAUAAUUUUAGUCUUAUUUUUGAAAAUUACUUUUGUUUCAGCAAUUUUUUAUAAAAAAAUUUAUUUGAAGAAAAGUUUUUAAAAUUUCUUAAUUUUGUAAAUAAAUACACUUUACGUAUAUUUGUUUUAUAAAUCAGUAAAUUCAGUCAAUGCAGUUGCUUCAAUUAGACUUUGUCAAUUUUAACUAAUUUAAUCGAUUCAAGCAAUUUCAAUAUAACCAAACAGGCUAAUAAAUUUGAUCCAAUUGUUCGCCCAAACUUGUUAACUGAGCAUAAUUAACAGUUUAUUUUAUACUUUAAAUACAUGAAAAUGAAUUCACAAUAGAAUAGCUUGAGAAGAUAUAUCUAUAUAUGUGCAUGUUGAGGUUUUGUCCCGCAGAUCCGGAAGCCCAACAUAAACUUCGGAUAUUAAGGACGAUGGAUUCGGUAUAAACAUAAAUAAAAUAUAUAUAAGGUGUAUGAACUAGCUAUUUUUACGUGGAAACCCGGAAAGGGAGAAAACCACGGGACUUUUUAGGCUAACGUCCAAGCCCGCUCUUUUUCAUUAAUAUGCUCUCCUCACCAAUUACAUAUUACAACUCUUGAACUCCAUUAAUGGAGGUAUAAAGCUAUCUAUCAAAGGGGAAGAAGAAGUAUGGAGGAGGAGAGCCAAAAGAUCCUUUAAUCAGGAGGCUUGGCCUCCUAUUUAUAGAAGGGGAGGGGGGUUUUUAGGGCUAUGCUAAUGGGCCUUAAUGGGCCAAAACAGGCCCAAGUAGGCCGAGUAGGCCUAACUGGCCCUAAAUGGGCCCGAGGGGCCUAAACGGGCCUCGCCGAUUGGGCCCCGUACCGGGGCGGUGUAUUGGGCCUCUGAACAGUAGUAGGCCGGGGUAACAUACCCCAACACAAGUCCCCCAGUUUCUUGAGUAGUGAGCCUGCAAAUCUACUCGAGAAAGUAUAAUCCUGCUCACGUCCUUCCCUGCCUUCCCUGAAUCAGAGUCUUGGAAUAAUCUCGGACGCAAGGCAUGCAUAAGCCCUAAGUGAGGUGCAAUCCCGCACUAGGCACGAAGGCGCCGAAAAGCCAGUCGUUCGUGCUGUAUAAAGCGGCGGUCGUCAUCCUAGAGCAAGGAUGGAUGAGCCCGACCGAGCUGAGAGCCAUGCGCGACGGUGCUGUGGAGACCGUGCGUGCUGCAUAAGAGCGACGGUUGCCAUCCCAGAGCAAGGAUGGACGAGCCCGCCAGAGAGCCAGGCACGACGGUUUGUUUUUCAUUUGCCACAGGUCAGCACCAAAAUUGAGGUGCAAGCCGUUCGGUUAAUUUCUGUUGGUUGUUCUUUGUUUCUUGAACGCGCAAGUCAUCAAUGUUUAACGCUUGCUGCGCCCCCGAGCACCAUGUUUCAGAUGCAUGCCGUCCGGUCCAUUACCGUCGACUGGUUGUUCCCUGAACGCGCAAGUCAUCAAUGUUUAACGCUUGCUGCGCCCCCGAGCACCAUGUUUCAGAUGCAUGCCGUCCGGUCCAUUACCGUCGACUGGUUGUUCCCUGAACGCGCAAGUCAUCAAUGUUUAAUGCUUGCUGCGCCCCCGAGCACCAUGUUUCAGAUGCAUGCCGUCCGGUCUAUUACCGUCGACUGGUUGUUCCCUGAACGCGCAAGACAUAAUGUUUAAUGCUUGCUGCGCCCCCGAGCACCAUGUUUCAGAUGCAUGCCGUCCGGUCCAUUACCGUCGACUGGUUGUUCCCUGAAUGCGCAAGUCAUCAAUGUUUAAUGCUUGCUGCGCCCCCGAGCACCAUGUUUCAGAUGCAUGCCGUCCGGUCCAUUACCGUCGACUGGUUGUUCCCUGAACGCGCAAGUCAUCAAUGUUUAAUGCUUGCUGCGUCCCCGAGCACCAUGUUUCAGAUGCAUGCCGUCCGGUCCAUUACCGUCGACUGGUUGUUCCCUGAACGCGCAAGUCAUCAAUGUUUAAUGCUUGCUGCGCCCCCGAGCACCAUGUUUCAGAUGCAUGCCGUCCGGUCCAUUACCGUCGACUGGUUGUUCCCUGAACGCGCAAGUCAUCAAUGUUUAAUGCUUGCUGCGCCCCCGAGCACCAUGUUUCAGAUGCAUGCCGUCCGGUCCAUUACCGUCGACUGGUUGUUCCCUGAACGCGCAAGUCAUCAAUGUUUAACGCUUGCUGCGCCCCCGAGCACCAUGUUUCAGAUGCAUGCCGUCCGGUCCAUUACCGUCGACUGGUUGUUCCCUGAACGCGCAAGUCAUCAAUGUUUAACGCUUGCUGCGCCCCCGAGCACCAUGUUUCAGAUGCAUGCCUUCCGGUCCAUUACCGUCGACUGGUUGUUCCCUGUUUCCAGUCAUGAACGUCUACGCGCUUCAUGCCGUCCGUUUUUUUUUUUUUUUUUUUUUUUUUUUGUGCUGAGAUGAUGGCUCCCCAUGGAUCGAGACAAGUGGUAUCUAUCGAUCGAGGUGAGACUUUACGGAAUGUGAAGAUGCCUCCUAAGCAAAUAAUGUCGUGCCGUGGGGCUGAUCAUGAUAUGAAGACAUGAAUAAAUCCAAGGGUCUUGCGAGCGCCCUCUGCUCAAGGACAGCGGCAGCAACUGCGGCAGCGGUCCACAAAAUGUAGCCAUGCUGAAAGUCAAGCAACGGUUCUCAUCCGCGCAGUGCGGGGACGAGGCCGCUUUUCAAAGAUGAUAAACACGUAGUGCCGACAGGCCGAUCGUGAUAUGAUGAUGUCGGCAAUGAGAAGCCAACCUGAAAAUCAAGCAACGGUCCUUAUCCGCGCAGUGCGGGGACAAGGCCGGUCUUCAAAAUAUGAUAAUGGCACCGUACCAGAGGGUCGGUGGCCAUGUAAUGAGGUCGCCACUGGAGGCCGAUCGAAAAGGAACAAGUAACGGUCCUUAUCUGCGCAGUGCGGGGACAAGGCCGGUCUUCAAAUAUGAUAAUGGCACCGUACCAGAGGGUCAGUGGCCAUGUAAUGAGGUCGCCACUGGAGGCCGAUCGGAAAGGAACAAGUAACGGUCCUUAUCUGCGCAGUGCGGGGACAAGGCCGGUCUUCAAAUAUGAUAAUGGCACCGUACCAGAGGGUCGGUGGCCAUGUAAUGAUGUCGGCGUUGGGGGCCGAUCAGAAAUAAAUAAUCAACAGUUCUCAUCCGCGAGGAGCGGAGAUGAGGCCGGUCUUCCAAAUGAUCACCAUGCCGAGCCAGGAGAGUCGGUCGUGGUGAGAGAAAAUUCGGCGCUGGGAGGCCGAUCUGUAAAUCCGAGGGGCUUACAGGCGCCCUCAGCCCAUAAUGUUGCUCUAGGUGCCGAACGGCGGAGGCCGGAUUGCCAGUCAGGUAGCGUAAUCUGAAAGCUCGUGUAUCGUACAGUCCAUAGGACUUCCCUUCAUGUGUUGUGACAUCUAUACAUUUGUAGUCCCUUCUUUUCUCAAUCGUUCAUGAUUCCUUCUACACACUAGUAACCUCACUCUUUCUUUUCUCUCUCUCUCUCUCUUUUUUUUUCCUUUCUUUUUUUUCCUUUCCUUUUUUUUUUCUUUCCCUUUUUUUUUUCCCUUUCCUUUCCCCUUUUUUUUUUUUUUUGGCGUUUCCCGAUCUUCCCGUCCGGUCUGACCGAACGGCUCUAAAUGUAAAUGUUCCUUCUUUUUGUUGCCAAUCAUGAGCGUCUCUGCGCGUCACGUCGAACGUCAUGAACAUCUCUGUGCGUCAUGAACGUCUUUGAAUAAAUGUGAUUCUUUUCUUGUUGUCGGGCAUGAACGUCUACGCGUUUCAUGCUGAAUCGUCAUGAACAUCUACGUGAAUCAUGACCUCCCGUUCGAGAAUAUCUCAAGAAUCUCACUGCACAGUAAGCAUGGUAAUACGGCCGUACGGCCGAACAACAUAUACAAGUAUAUACAAUUACACACAUGUUUAACAUUUCCCUUUUAUUCUUUAUUUUUCAUCCAUGACUAUCGGCCGAAGCGGUAAUGAUAACCCUUGGCCUAGAUUCAUUUCUUGAUCUGUUAGAGUCCACGACUCGAACCACCUAGUGUUUUGUCGGGUAUUCAAGUACGUAUUUCGCCCCGUACUGGGUACAGUUGCUGUUCGGGCACUCAAUGCCGAACGAGACCAUGAGUAGUCUCCAAGUCAAAAUACGUCAUCGGGCAAUGCCCUUGCGAGACGCUUUAGCUACUUUAGGCCGAUCGGGGGUGGACCGAUAUGCCCAGUAAAACCAAUCAUUUAAUUAAAAUGAUGGUGAUCUUUUAUUAAAGCCGAACUCAUUGCUAGAGCACGACCUUAUUCCGUUCGGGGUGUUUUUCACCCUUAACACCGGUUAUUUAACUAAAAAUGAUGGCGAGCUCAUUACUAGAGCUUCAUUCGGCCCUAUUCUGUCCGGGAAUUUUAAUCCCUAAUUCCUGUCAUUUUCGGUUGAAAUGACGGCGAAUAUCUAUCAUUGGAGCUUUCCUCGAUGAUAUUUAACUCGGGAUUUUCUAAUCCCUACAAAACAAAUCAUGGCGAUGUGUAACUAAUAUUAAUAUUACUACAUCACUACAUUUAAUAUUUUCAUGGAUGUACCGCCAAUGCCGAAUGGGCCCAUGAGUUAUUUUCAAUGUAAAAUACGUCAUCGAGGACACUUCAGCCAAUUAAUUUGGCCCGAUCGGGGGCGGGCUGAUACGCUCAAUCAAACCAAACAUUUAAUUAAGACGUUGGUGAUCUUAUAUAUAGAGCCCCGUUCGGUAUUAUAUUAUUCGGGAUAUUUCAAUCCCUAUUAUCGCCAUGUAGUAGCGCUUGAUGUACUAACACCGGUCAUUUAUACCGAAAAUGACGGUGAACUUAUUAUUCGAGCCUCACCCCGACACUAUUUUAAUUGGGACAAUUUUAAGCCCCGAAUAAUAAUAGUGAUGCAAGUAACAAUAGCAAUGCAAUUUAACUGAAAUGGAAUCAACAAGUGAUAGAAAUGAUGGUACUUAGCUGAAUCAGGCUGAAUUUCAGCUGCCAGACCAAAUUAUUGUCCUGGUGAGAAUUUUGGAUGUUUGAGUAAGAUCCAGCCCAAUUUCAUUUUAAGUUUGACUUCCAAAGGAAAGUCUGGAACCCAUCCUUCUAAUUUCAUCUUCCGUUGACAUACUCCCUCUGUCCCUGGUGCCGAACGGGAAGUCCGAGCGGCCGUGUUCCAGAAUCUUGAGCGGCAAGUGCCGCACGGCCCAGAGGAGCGGCCUAGUUGGGUGUCGCGCGGAGGCAGACCAGAGACCCAGGUUGUUCCCCCCUGUUUAUCCUUUCCGAUUUGCUCGAACGGGAUUUGUUAUCCCUGUCUGAAACGGAGGCUGGUCGGUCGCAGGUGGUUGCUCGAACGGGAUUUAAUAUCCUUGCUUGAAUGGAUACUGGUCGGUUGAUGGGGGACAGGUCUGGACCCCAAGAUCCUCCCGUCCAGUUUAGAUAUCGGGUAUGUAGACUCCAUCCUCCCAGUCCCUCCCCGGUGUGUAAAUUUCCCGUUCAGGGAGAAGGUUCAUUUGGGUCCUCCGAUAUUCCGGCGAAGCCAAACUACGUUGGGGCACCGCCCCUUCAAUUGGAUGGGUUCCGAGGUUCUCGUUCGGGGCGGAAAUUUUUUGAUUAGAGCAAAACGUGGUUGUGAAUCCCAGGGAAGUCCAGGCUGCUCCGGGCAAGGAAUAUGGUUGUCGAGACCAUUCCCACUCUUGUUCAGGCCAUACUUGGACAUUCCGUAGAGACCUCCCUUUCAGGCCUCGCUAUGUCGGGAUGGAUACUCUUUUCUGUUGAUAUGUGUAGCCGCUCCUCAAGGUCCCACAGGAUUCACACUCUAGGCCAGGAGCUCUGCAAGAGAAAGUAAUCUAGUGACCUGGCUUCCCUCCGGGUAGAGUCCGUUCGGGCGUUUCUGCUCGGGACCUUAACCCUUCCUGAAAAUAUUUUAGUACAUUCUAUACAUAGGCUGGAUGGGCAGAGUUGUCAGUCAAAGUUGCCGUUCAGGACAUCUGCAACGCAUAAUGUGGAAUCGAUUGAGUAGGUGGGCCUUGUUUCCUUAAGGUCUAUCCACGUGCUGAGUUUCCUGAGCGGCAUGUUACUGCCCGUUCGAGUUUUGAAGCUCUCGACCGGCAUCCGUGCUGGUUUGGUUUGAACUACCCGCGGAGACGAGGUGGAAGACUGAUGUUGCUGCAACGCUGCUGCUUGGGUCAUCUGUCAGGGCUCAUUACUUUUACACAGCUCGGGAAUUCUUUCGUGUUAGGCAGUUUUGAAAUUCCUGUUCGGGAUGUUGGGAAUUCUUUUGGCCUGACCGAGCACCUUGACUCCGUCGCGUUCCGCAUAUGGCCGUUCGGGACUAAGGACGGCUGGAUUGCUCCUGUAUGCUAGACGAUAGGGCUGCUACCAAUUCGAUGGUCCUGCUCGGGCUUGCCAGGGUUACUCCUUUCGGUUGACGUUGACGUACGUGGCCCCUCCAGAGUGAUCGGGCGCAGUUGCUACCUUGGGAGUUCCUGUUCGGGAAGCAGGUGCUUGUCUUAUUUGGAUAAGGAUGAAUCUGUCACAUCCUCUAGUUGUUGUGUCAGGCAUCCCAUGUGACAGUAAUAAGGACUUCCUCUGUAGUGAUAAUCUAGUGGGCUCACGGGUCCCACUCACCAUCUCCUUGGGACUUCUACUUCCGCUUUGGUUUCUACCUUUUUCCCAAGACCUCAGGGCCGUGGUUUGGUGACCAUCUGCUGGACUGAGUCUGGAGUUCUUCGCUCAUAGUUUUUUCCAGAAUCAUUUCUUCUGCUUUUUUUUUUCUUUGCUGGAAAUCAAUUCAUCAUUCGAUCAAUUUUUUGUAGAGAUGGCAAGAACAUAUGUAACUUUUUGAACUUUUCCCACAGACGGCGCCAAUGUUGAGGUUUUGUCCCGCAGAUCCGGAAGCCCAACAUAAACUUCGGAUAUUAAGGACCAUGGAUUCGGUAUAAACAUAAAUAAAAUAUAUAUAAGGUGUAUGAACUAGCUAUUUUUACGUGGAAACCCGGAAAGGGAGAAAACCACGGGACUUUUUAGGCUAACGUCCAAGCCCGCUCUUUUUCAUUAAUAUGCUCUCCUCACCAAUUACAUAUUACAACUCUUGAACUCCAUUAAUGGAGGUAUAAAGCUAUCUAUCAAAGGGGAAGAAGAAGUAUGGAGGAGGAGAGCCAAAAGAUCCUUUAAUCAGGAGGCUUGGCCUCCUAUUUAUAGAAGGGGAGGGGGGUUUUUAGGGCUAUGCUAAUGGGCCUUAAUGGGCCAAAACAGGCCCAAGUAGGCCGAGUAGGCCUAACUGGCCCUAAAUGGGCCCGAGGGGCCUAAACGGGCCUCGCCGAUUGGGCCCCGUACCGGGGCGGUGUAUUGGGCCUCUGAACAGUAGUAGGCCGGGGUAACAUACCCCAACA